AAAAAAACUGGUUUUGGACUUACAUGUGAACUGAUAAAAGAGCGAUUUUCUUUCUGAAUGACUGCAUUUUAGUGCGUGUUUUAUAAUAUAGAUACACAGAGAGAGGUUAAUGUUUUUUUCCCAAACGCAGAAGACUCUACUGCAGCUCGCUCCACUGAUCACACUUCCUCAAAUCUGAGUUUCAGAGCCACAUAAAAGGCUCUGUCCUCUCUCAUUUGCCAUUUGCGGUCUCUCUCUCUGCUUGGGUUGGCCGCGUCGCUACACAGACUGCAGAGAUGCAGCGCCAGCUGAGGGAUGAAAGCGAUUACGACCAGCUUCCAGAUGACGUGCCAGUGUCUGCUCACAUUGCUGAUGCAGAGCAGAGCAAAGGAUUCAGCAGCCACAUUGUCUACACAAUUCAGGUGAAGCAGAAAGGCGGUGGCAAGUAUUUCAUAUUCCGACGCUAUCGGCAGUUUCAUACCCUUCAGGCUAAGCUGCAGGAGAAACUUGGUCCAGACAACUCCUUCAUCUGUGACUUGCCUCCACUACCAGGAAAAGUCUUUAUCGGCCACAAACAGGAAAUCGCAGAGAAGCGGAUUCCAGAUCUCAACAUUUACAUGAAGAAACUUCUUGAGCUGCCAGCCUGGAUUCUCCUUGACGAAGAUGUCCGGUUAUUCUUCCAUCAAACGGCUGAGGAUUCUGAACGGGUACCCAGGUCACUUCGACGUUUGAGGCCAAGCACGAGGAAAAUCAAAUCCCAAACAGAGAAGAAAGAUUUAAGUGAAAAAUCAGGAGCUCCCCAGGCAGAGGCUCUGUAUGAUUUUACUGGGGACAAUGACCUGGAAUUGACAUUCAAAACUGGUGACAUUAUCUACCUUUUGAAAAGGGUCAACAAUGAUUGGCUGGAGGGCAUGCUAAAUAGCUGCACUGGGAUUUUCCCCCAGUCUUUUGUGAGGAUCAUUAAAGAUUUAUCAGAAGGAACUGACCUGAAGAAACGACUCUCAGAUGCUCACAGGUUCAGAUGCGUCUACCAUGAUAUCGAGUGCUCCAAGAUCAGGGAUGUAACUCUGAAGAAUGGAAUUCCUGUACAACCAGACUACACAGAGCUUCUGUCCUUAAUGAGGGCUGAGUUUGGGAACAACGCCAUUGCCCUUAAUUAUCGAGACCUGGAGGGAGAUAUGGUGCGCAUUCUAGAUGACAUGGACGUUGAAUUGAUGGUUUUGGAGGCCAAAGGUCGCUUGUGGAUCAGAAAGCCCGAUUUUGCCCCAUGGGAACUACAUGUGACCAGAAAGGAUGAUUUAUCAGUGUACAACACAAAUCCGUGAGGCAUAUUUGCUAAUAUGUGCUUUCCUCUCAAGGGCCUUUUGAAUUAAUUCAUUCUUAGUGACCUGUGCUAAUUUGAGGGAGAAUUAUUAUUUGGUCACUCCCUCUUUUCAAAGGAAUUUAAUUAGUCUUCAUCUGUACUCUUGCUCAGUCCCUUUUGGCCAUCUGAUGUAGGAAGAUGGAAAGUUAUCAGUUGAAGCGUGUCAGAUCACCAAUUCUCCAUCAUGUUUCAAAGUCAGUGUUCUGUUUCUGAAUGUCUAUGAAUCCCUCCAGAGGAAAUAGUAUCAUUGACCUUGAUUCUUAGCUCAGAGGCAUGUUCUGAGGAAGGGUUGGGGGGGAACGCCCAUUGUUAGGUUAGGAGACAGAGGCAAAAAGUCUUCUUUUUUCUCAUCCUUAUAUGGAAUGUGGGUGUCGUUGGCAAGACUGGCCUUUGUUACCCAACCCUAAUUACAUAUGAACAAGGGCACUUGCUUGGCCGUUUCAGAUGGCAGUUAAGAGUCAUCAAUGUUGCUAUUGCAGCAAGAGUCUCGUGUAGACCAGACAGGGUAAAGAUGGCAGAUUCCCUUCCCCUAGUGAAGGAAAUGGGUUUUUAUGACUGUUAACAAUUAAACUGGUUUUUUCUAUUAUUGCGCUUCAAUUUUACCGCAGUGACAUUUGAACCCGGGAACAAAAACAGAAGUUGCUGGAAAAGCUCAGCAGGUCUGGCAGCAUCUGUGAAAGAGUUAACGUUUCGGCUCCCUUCCUCAUCCUGUACCCGAAAUGUUAACUCUGACUAUUUUCUUCACAGAUGCUGCCAAACCUGCUGAGCUUUUCCAGCAACUUCUGUUGUUGUUCCUGAUUUAUAGCAUCUGCAGUUCUUUCGGUUUUUAUUUGAUAUUUGAACCCCUGUCCCCAGGACAGUAAUCUAGCUCUCUAGAUUACCAGUCCAAUGAUGUUACCGUGACACCAUGCCUACAUUGUCCAGUGGUGUGCUGAAUUUAACUAUUUGCCUCCUGUUACGCAGGAUUUCUGCGACUGGCAGCCAUUGAGGGGGUUGAGCCAAGCUAAGGAAUUGGGUUGAACUAGCAUCAACCUUGGGCCGUCUCUGGUGGCACACCCUCUGAGUUGGUUUAGGUGAAAAUCGCAUGGAAUUAGGGUCAGAAAUGGGCCACACCUCAGCCAGGACUUUUCUGUUCUCACACCAAGUUGUGCAGACAGGACAGCGGGUAUCUGUCAGGUUCACUGUCAGUCUCAAGUGUCCCCCUGGUCUCUCCAUCUUCAGUGCACAUUCCUUCAUACACUUCCUGCCACUCAUGCCCUUUAAGCUGUGCACCAUCCUGACUUUCAACUAUAUCGUCAUUGCUUCAUUUGUCACUGGAUCAGAAUCCUGAACUCUUUCCCUGAAUGCACUAUGAAUGCACUUCAUUGCUGCAGCUCAUUGCCACCUUCUCAGGGGCAGUUACAGAUGUAAACAAAUGCUGGUCGAGACAGCACAGCCCCUGUCCCAUGAAAGAAAAUGUAUAUAAAAGAAAAUCAAGUGGGCACUUUCACGGUACGUUCAUAUCUCGAUUUUCUUUUUGAGUUUGAAUCUCACAUGUGACUCCAACCCAUCAGUUUUUUGUUUUCAGAUCCAGUCUUGCCUCAUAAUCCAGAUCGCUCAGACAUUAAUGAUCAGCUUCUGUCCGCUCGCCUGCAUUCGGCAAUCUCACCUAGGCCUCAGAAGUGAACACACCCCUCACUGAACACAACACACUUUGGCCUGUACACUACACUUUAAAAUCUUUAGUGCUGUACUUUAUUUCCUCUUUUGAGUGUUGUUUUCAGGGGGCUGGCCUGGUUAACACUCAGUUCACUAUAACCCCUGAACUGCUUUCAGUUUCAUUUAGAACACUGCACUCAGCCACAGCUCUGGGCGACUGGACAAUAGAUGAUACUAAAUUGACACCUGAUCUUGCCUUGCAAUGUAACUUAUGCAAUUUCACAUAUUGUACAACUAACGUGAACACUAUUCGGCAGAGAAAUGUGUGACCAAAUAUUCAGGACAAAUGCAAGAAUGCCAAAUUUGAAAGGGUCACAACAAUUUACACUACGCUGCAGUACAAAUAGUUGUAACUGGAAGUUAGUCAUUCUUGUAUUUGCCCUGAUGGAGAGCAAGACUAAAAGAUUUACAACAUAUCUCUCAUUUGAGCAAGUUUCAACAUUUGUUGAAUACUGCAACUAUUACAUUAAACAUUCUGCUGCUCGUG